GUUGCAAACAGAAGUUUUUGAAAGUUGGAGCUUGCCAAGAGGUCCUGGCCAAUUCUGAAUGUCAAGGGAUUUAGGUACCGUGAGGCUUAUGGAAGAAGAUUCUGCAACUAUUGAUGAAUUGGAUGAACUCAUAGUUUCACCAGGUGUUAGUUUCCUUCUAAGAAGAAUAGUACAUUUACUUGAGAAAGCAAACGAAAUAAAAGAAUUUGAAAACAAAACGACCCGUGCUCUUGCUGAAGCCAAAGAGUUACGACUAUUUUCCUUGACUGCUGUGUAUGCUGCAGCAGAAUCGGCUAUAGAGUUAACCAUUGCGGUUGAUCAGUUUACCACUUGGGCCCUAGCUGUAGAUGGAAUUGAACAAGCAAAGAAAGCAGUGCAAGCUGGUGAUUGUAAAAGAGUUAAAGAUUUCCAGCUUACCACUAAAAUGCUGGUAGAGCAAGACAAGACACUUGCGAUGCAGAAAAAGAUGUAA